AGAUGCGCUCCUUCGUCACUCUCGCCGUUCUAGCUCUCGUUGCUGUGGCUGCAGUCCACGCCCAGAUUGGUUUUAUUUCUGAUGAUUUCGAUGACAGAUUUGACGAUGAUCUAUUCGAUGACGAUCGUUUGAUCUACAUUGGAGGAGGAUUUUCUCCCAGCUACGGACCACUGUCCACUGGUUACGCCAUGGGAGUAGGAUCAGGACUAGGCUACACAAUGGGAUCCGGAAUGGGAUAUGCUCGUAUGGGAAAAUCCGGCAAGACUAUGUACAUCCCAUACGCCGUCCCCACCCCAGUCACUCCUCCUGUGGCUGCUCCUUCUAUCCCUCUGGAGCUGGCUCUUGGCAACACACAGAACCAGAAUAACGGUAUCUUUGGCGGAAACGGCGCUGGACUUUUAUUCCUCUUGGUUUUGUUGCCCCUCCUUCUCCAGAACACCGCUACUACUACCGGUUAAAGUUAACGUGAUCAUCAGCUUACCAAAUAUGUCCUCAAUGAAGGCGAAGCAAGCCAUCCAAUGUGCAUCUUGUUCUAUUUUUAUUGUAUACAAAUUGAGAAAUCUGUAAUAAAAAUAGAAAU